AUGAAUAAGAGGUUGGAUCACUAUCAUCGAGUACUGGAUAAUAUGACAGAUGAGUUCAUUUUUCGGUGCCCAUUCACCCUCAGACCUGGUGAGAUGAUCUCACAUUCUUUGUACUCUGGUGUCAUUCGGUGCAUGAGUGUUGAGGAUAUGUACAAUCCCUCGCGUUGCAUGCGUCAGUUUGGGUACGUACAGACCAUCCCCUCAGAUCCGCUUCAUCUAGUUGAUGUUUGUCAAGCUGCGAAUGUCGAGUUGUACUCCUUGUCCUACGGUCACGCCUUGAGUGAGAUUUAG